GCGACUUAGGUUUAGGCAGCCGGCCGCAAUAAUUUGCCAGCCAAAGUGACCAACACCGCCGCGCCGACCCAGCUUGGAAUUGGAUGGCCACGCCGACCCGGCGGCCGGCGCGCGGCGCCGCCAUAGGGUCCUCCGCCGCGCCGCCGCUCUCCGCCCGCCGGGUCUCGCUCUCCAACGCCGGCGGCGGCAUCUUCUCGCAGCCACGCCCCAGCAACAGCCACCUGCCACCCGCCCGCCUCGCGCCGGCGGCCCUGGUUUCCCGCGGCGGCGGCCGGGCGAGAAGGGCCUGCUCGUGCUCGCCGACGACGCAUCCGGGCUCGUUCCGCUGCGCGCUCCACAGGGGCAGCGCCGGCGGCGGGCUACAGCUGCACGACCCGAGGCGCUCCGCGAUGGCCAACUCGCUGGUGCGCAUCGCGUCGGUGGAGGGCGGAGACCACAUCAGGCGCGCGCUGGCUUCCCUCGUCCGCCCGUCCUCGCACCACCAGCGCCGCCGCACCGCCUUCCGCGCCCUGCCCAGCCGCCUGUCCGCAGUGUCCACCACUAGCGCCUCCCCAUCGCCACCGCAAUGAGUCCUCUCCUCGAACUGUGUGAUUCGGGCGGCUCGCCGCCACAGUUUUGGUGUUGUCCCCUCCGUCCGUGUAACAACUCGUCCAGUUCAUUCGUGUCCAAUUGUUGUCUUGCUCUGUUGCUAUCCAUCGCCGGAGGAUUUGUAGCGGCUCCAUUCCAUCCAUCGCCGGAAGAUCUAUUGCUCACCAGAUAUUUUGUAGAACGUAGCUCAGCUCGGCGCCAUUGGGGCCAGCUGAGGAAUGGGGGGAGAAGACGACGUGGUCUCGAUCGCGACGCCCCUGAUUCCUUGCGCGACGGGUUGAUCGUUAAUCGAUGACAAAGAAACUGCUGGCUCGAGCUUUGUCUGGCGUCCUGUCCGGUCAUGUGUGAAGCUGCAUAUAUGCGGGUGCUGCUUCUGACUUUUUUCAAUGGUUGCGUUGCUUGAACGCAGAGACGAAACGGCCGUGGGGGGCAAGAAACGGACCGAGCAGCUGUUGACGUUUUGGGCCCGUGUGAAGUCGUUGACAGCUGCUGAUAGUGUUUAGUACUAUAUUGCUGGUUGGUUUGUGAUUUGUUUGUUUAUC